AUGCAUGCAAGUGCCCAUGUCAAUACUAUUUUUGCACUCUUAGUAGUGGUACUCGCAUUGACAAUUUGGGCGAUCGAUGUUGACCUAAAUCCAUGGGGUAAUGAUGAUUGUGUUGAGAAGCCCCUGUGUAGUUCUCAGCAUACAUUUUUUGGAAUAAUAAAGUGUUCACUCUAUCGCUAUCCUGUGAGUGUUGAAAGAAUAGAUUAUAAAAACAUGAUAUUGGCUCGAUUUAAACGACUUUCUAGACAUUACCUAAAAGGACAAGAACAUGUUAUAGAAGGUGUUAUAAAAGAUAUUUCUGUUAAACUUGAAAAUCCUGAUAAACCACUUGUACUACAUUUUGCAGGUGAUAAUGGGGUAGGCAAAACAACACUGGCACAACUCAUUUCACUCGCUUUGGGUCUCCGUUGCAGUGACCUUGCAUGUACAGUGGGGGAUUCCUCACUGGUACUUUCAGGAGUUAGCUACGAUGGAUUCUCUGUAGCGGAAUUUCGCAGAGAUGUGGUACAAAAAAUUGUUCAACAUGCUACACUGUUUCCAAAAAAUGGUGUCGUAAUCAUAAAUGAUCUUGGUGCGCUACAUCCAGAUCUUGUACGUGUUCUCCUUCCACUACUGGGAAGAGCAUCUUCAUUCCCUGAGGCCCCUAGUGUACUAUUAUCUUCUUUAACGGUAAUUAUUACAACUGAUUUUGGUCGCCAGGGACGAACACAAGGGAAAAGUCUUACUGAGAUGCGCCGAAUUGUGGAAGAUGACUUUAAAAAUCUUUAUAGUCAAUUGUCUUCAUCUAUGAUUCGAACUUAUCCUUUUCUUCCUACAUCACUGGAAACAGCGAGAGAGAUUGUGCAAUUGACCAUUCACAACUUUAAGUGUAGAAACAAAGAUGUAAUUAAUGAUAUACAAGCUAAUGAGGAUGUUGUCUCUUGGUUUAUUGAUUUGGUCCGGGAUGAUCUCCCUAUGGAGAAUGGUCGAUGUGUUGCAAAUGCUGUAGAAGCAGCCGUUGGCCCUGGCGUUCUGGAUCACCUUAGAGAGAAAAUUACCGAAUCAAUGUCACUCCAUGUUGAUCUUGAUGACGAUGGUACAGUGAAUGUGUUUCGGGUACAUUAA